AUGUCUGCCCAAGAAGAAUUCAACCAGCUGGUGAACAGUAACCAGUCACGUUUCACCUCCCACCCAGAAGACCACGACUCAGAUCACGACUCAGACCCUCACUUCUCCGACGACGAACCCUCCUCCCGCCUCCGCUCCCGCCAAACAGCCGACUCCUCCGACGAGGAAGCCGACGCAGACAUGGUCUCCUCCCGCACCGCCAACGCAAACUACCACAUCCCCAACACAGUCUACGAUGCCAAUACAGGCCCCAAGGGCGUCAUCGCCGACGCCCAGGCCUUCGAGCGCGCCCGAAAGAAGUCCUUCCGUCGCACCCUCCUCAGCGCCGCGGGGCUAGACUCCAACGGCCCCUCCUUCAGCUCAAAGUCCACUCGCGAUGACGCGCCCCUCGCGCCCGCCGACCAGUCCUCCGCUAGCGAGGACGACGACGAGGCCCGCUUCCUGCGCAAGUGGCGCCAGUCGCGCAUGCAUGAGCUGCAGGGCCGGAAUAAUCGUCGUCCCAGUCCGCGGGGUAGACGGUUUGGUUCGGUUGAGACUGUUGAUGCGGUGGGGUACCUCGAUGCUAUUGAGAAAGUGACUUCUGACACGGUUGUUGUUGUCUGUAUCUAUGAUCAAGAGUUUGAUGACAGCGCUAUCGUCGAGGAAUGUCUUGUUACUAUCGCUCGCAGACAACCUACUACCCGCUUUGUUAAGAUGCACCAGGCUAUCGCGGAGAUGGAUCACAUCAAGGCUCCCGCGCUGCUGGCAUACCGUGGCGGCGAUGUCUUUGCUACUAUCGUCGAUGUCCUGCGAAACAUUCCUCGUGGCCGCAGCUGCAGUGCUGACAGUCUCGAGGACUUGUUGAAGUUACACCGUGUGCUAUGAUCUUUUCUUUGCUAUUAUGUUUUCAGCCGUCCACAUUUACUGGCAUAGCAGAAAGGCGUCUUGUUUUUUUCCCUCGUGAUCUCCUCUGCGUGAUUUGACUUGAUUUGACUUGUCUUUCCUUUUUCUUUUACUCUCUCAAACACUCUCCUCCCACCUCUCUCUUUAUCUCCGAUAUCUUUGACGUUGGAUGCAUUACUGCACCCAAUAAAACCCAAGAGCAGAGCUUCUUGAAAUGGCGUUGCUUGCUAGAAUGGGGUGUAUGGCUUUGGACUCGGUCGAUCGAUGGUCUGGUACUAUCUCACUGUGUCCAAUUUGGCACGUUGCGUUUCUCUUCUCUCCUUGUCUGAUUAUGUCCCUCCUAUUUCCAGCCCGGCGGGGGCCGGGCAUGAUGUUGAUUUACUCGAGAUAUCCCAU